AUCACAUCGGUGCUCCUGGUCGACGAUGGAGGAAACGGGAGCUGUUAUUAACGUUGGCACAUCGUUGUUCAUUGUGUUGGUGGCCCUUGGUAUCGCCGGUUGCAUCGCUCUCUUACUGAAUGCAGUACUAACAGGAAUCGCUGGUUUAGACUCCUACAUGCUGUCCACUGCGUUUGACCACAAUGCCAACGCCAUCCUGGCAACGGUAAUACUGGGAAUACUGGUGAUAUUACAUGGAGUUGGGUACUACUGUCAGUACGUCAAGACACCGCUCAGUAAGUGCCAUCUAUGGCUACUGGUCACAGGGUCACUCACAGUCCUGGUAGCCGCCUCAGCCGUACUUAUGGUUACCAAGGGUCAAGGAUUAGGUCCCCAAAUUCUUGGCUACUAUAACACUGCUUUCACUGCAACGCAACUGAUGGCACUUAUGGCAUUUGGUGUUUGUAUGUGCAAGUCCGGAUGUUUCGGAAAAUCUAGCUCAAAUGCUAGGAUAGUUUUCUAUGUAGUUGCCGGAAUAUAUGCAGCAUGGUUGCUUGCAUACCUCGCCGCGUGCGCUGCUUAUGCGGUAAUGUACAAUAGAGGACAAGGUGUGAGUCAUGCAGUCGAUGCACAACAAAGGAUAACUCAAUCCUAUAAAAGAAUUCCAUGCGUCAAUUACGUACUACUGAUAGCACUGACCUUCAGUGCCUACCAGGUAAACUUUUGUUGUGUACCUGUCACGGGCACCGACUGGACCUUCCUGUUGCUGUUUGGUACAUGUGCCGGUAUACUACUAUCGGUGUUCAUGCAUUACCAGGGUGGUAACGGUGCUUUUCACCACAAGAUGGAACACAUACUAACUGCAUUGGCAGCAAUAAUCAUGGGUUUCAUGCUGAUGUAUAGCUACUUCAAGGAGCCGUUUGCUCAGGUGGUGCCUGACAGAAAGUAUACAAUCUGGGACCUCGUAUUUAUACUGCUGGCUGUAGUACUAGCGGGUAUUACUAUGGCACUGUUAAUCAAGUGGAAGGGUGAUAGUCAUAGAGGCGAAGAUUGGAUCCAUUAUACCCUUCUAUCCGCUAUGAUGGUAUGCACUGCCAUAGAGCUUGGGAUGCUCCAUUUUGGAUGGGCUCGUGGCGGUUCUUCUGGCGUAGUUUGGCAAGCUGUCAUGGUAAUCUUGGUGCUAGAGUUGGUGGCUACACUUGUCAUGGUAGUUAUAGAUGUAUGUGGUGGUGGUAGUGGUAACGGAUACGUGUUUACGGUAUCCACGACUGUGUAUCCCUUACUAAUACUCCACCUAUUACUAAUGCUGGCCAAUGUACUAGUAUGCCACUAUCACAUGCCAUUUCCAGGUAACUACCAGCUGUGGCACUGGAGUUUAUCACUGUGGGAUACUAUGUUAGUACUGCUGGUACUAGAGUCACUAGUGGUACUGGUAAUGGCGAUAUCAGGGGUGCACCAGCAAUAUACGUUUCAUGGUCUUUAUGAGAGUGGCCAAGACAAUCGUUGCUAUGUCGUUCUCGCUCUACAUGCCAUACUAUGUGGCACUGCAAUUGGUAUAAUACACUUCAAGGAACCAUUGUCACAGUAUUGGUCCAAGGACCAACUGGCUUGUGUAGUGCUCAGUGUAGUGUCACUAAUCUCCUGUCUAGGACUUGCAUACGAUGGGAUGAAACCAAAACCUGGAGAGUCACGCAGUGAACCUGGAUUCUACUGCCUAGUAGUGUACGCAAUAAUUACAUUUGGAGGCGCUCUGUACUAUGGCUUCCGUAGUGGCCUUAUCCAGGGCAGUUGCUUCACUAAGAAGAGCGAUGCCAAAAAGCUACAGGGUAGUGAAGAGGCAGUGUCAAGCAUGGAGAGUACUGUGGAUGAUGCAGAAGACAUCUCGCCCGAAGUAGCGUUACAACAGGAUAACACUGAUGUAAUAUAGUUUGGUGUACUGUGGUGAAGUGUUU